AUAUGACGUCUGUGACUUCACUCGUCAUUCUUUUGUCACAUUUGAUGGGAUCGCGUUUGGCUAGAGCAACUGUUGCAAAAUCAGAUCUCUCCGUCGUACGAACAAGUUUUGGAUCUCACAUGGCAUCGGUAAAAGCAGUGGAAGAGCCAUGCUACGAGACGCAAAAGGCGACUUUUGCUAUGAGCUGAUUUUGGUUCCCCGAGGCCCAAUUUGGUGCCGUAGACGGGGUCGUAACAACAAGAGUCGGCUUCACAGGCGGUUCAAAACCGAAUCCAACCUACCGAAGCUUGGGAGAUCACACAGAGAGUGUCAUGCUUGAGUUUGAUGCAGCCAAAAUUACGUACGAGGAGCUACUGGACAUGUUCUGGAAGAACCACAGCUGCACGACGCCAAUGAACAGACAGUAUAUGUCUGCGAUUUUUUAUCAUUCAGAAGAACAACAUAAGAAGGCUUUGUCGUCUCGUGAUGCAUUGCAGAAGACGAUGUCCAAGAAAAUCAUGACCAAGAUAGAAGCUGCGCAGACCUUUUACGAUGCUGAGAACUAUCAUCAGAAAUACAUUCUCAGGCAAAAUUCUCAAAUUUUGCAUGAGUUGAAUCUUUCUGAUGCCGACUUGAUGACAUCACACAUUGCUGCACGUCUGAAUGGCUAUCUUGGUGGCCAUGGCACUCAAGAUCAACUGCAGAGAGAAAUCGAAGACUUUAAUCUUAGUAACAAAGCAAAGGAAAAGCUAAGGGCUACAGUUGGCCGCAAGUAGUUGAACUUUAUGUGAGACUGAACUUCCUGCAUUAGAAAUUGAAUAUUCCAUGAAACAUUAGUAGUAAGGAGUGCAUCUUGAAAUUGGUACAUGACGUUAUCUGGUUGAAUCUUCUCUGGAGAAGCCAGAUUACUGAUUUUUUUAGCCAUGAUUAAAGUGUGCAGAACUUACAGAAUAUCAUACAUAUGUGUAUGAAA